AUGUUAGGAUAGGUAGGGAAUCAAGCGGAGAUGGGCUGAAGUACGGGACACUGGACAUGAGGUGGAUUGCGUGCGCUGCUAUCAAGCUUUUCUGAACUUAACUGACAGUGGAAUGUGCAGGCCCGGAGAUGCCUUACGUGGAUCGGCAGAACCGCAUCUGUGGCUUCCUGGACAUCGAGGAGAAUGAGAGCAGCGGCAAGUUCCUGCGCCGCUACUUCAUCCUGGACACCGUGGAGGGCAGCCUGGUCUGGUACAUGGACAACCCGCAGAACCUUCCUGCAGGGGCGGAGAAUGUCGGCUCCCUCAAGCUCACCUACAUUUCCAAGGUCAGCGAUGCCACCAAACAGAGACCAAAGGCGGAGUUCUGCUUCGUCAUCAACGCCGGUAUGAGGAAGUUCUUCCUGCAGGCUAAUGAUCAACAGGACCUGGUGGAGUGGGUGAACGUCCUCAACAACGCCACGAAAAUCACAGUGCCAAAAUCGGGUGACGUGCAGCACAGUGCCGAAAACCUGCCCGAUGUGCUGGGUGCCAAGAAACAGGUCUCAUACAGGACUGAGAUCAUCGGGGGAGUUCCCAUCAUCACCCCGACGCAGGAAGGGGGCGACGGGCAAAACGGCGGGGCGGACCGCGGGGGGCUGAAGAGGGCCCACAGCCAGAUGCCCUACUUCAUGGCACGGUCCAUGCAGGACCAGGCGGUGAUCAAGGCCGGGUAUUGCGUCAAGCAGGGGGCCGUGAUGAAAAAUUGGAAACGAAGAUAUUUCCUUUUAGAUGAAAAUUCAGUGAGCUACUUCAAGUCUGACCUGGAGAAGGAUCCACUCCGAAUGAUCCCCCUGAAAGAGGUCCACAAGGUUCAGGAGUGCAAGCAGAGUGACAUUAUGAUGAGGGACAAUCUCUUUGAAGUUGUUACGACUUCCAGGACCUUUUAUAUUCAGUCGGACAGCCCGGAGGACAUGCACAGCUGGAUCAAGGCCAUUUCCGGGGCCAUCGUCGCCCAGAGAGGACCGGGCCGAUCUGCAGCCACUGAGCACUGCGAGCAUUCCAGCAUCUUCUACAGCGACCAGGGCCCCCCCGCAGGGCCCCUCUUCCUCCCCCCGCAAAGCUCUGUUCUCCAGCCCCAUGCCCCCGCGGGCCCACUCCCUGACCACGCGCAGUCUGGCCUGGGACAGCGAGGACUUCAUGAGCCUCCUGCCCCGGCCCAACCAGCAGGGGAUGGCCCGAGCCCGCCUGUCCCUCCAGGAGACGUGGCUCUCCAAGUGAGCGGCCCGUCGCCGUGGAGACGGCGGAGCAGCUUCGAGAGCAGCUCCUCCGAGGAGGCCCCCCCGAUGCUGGGCGACGGAGACCUGCCCAUCAGCCAGGUCUGAGCUCCGCCCACCGAUCCAACCUCCCCCCCCCCCCCCCCCUCCCAACUCACACCCCCACGUCCCCCUCCCAAAACGAAAGCUCUCAGGAUCCUCCUGGGGGUGCAGUCGGGGCGAAUGACAUCAUCAGGGCACAUCGGAUGAAACAACACUUCAGGAAGAAGGAGGAGGAGGAAGGACGAGGGGGGAGAAGUUAAAAUGGGACCGUUACGUGCUGGACCGACCCACAGGACCGCGGUUCAGGGGAGGGCAGAGAGUUCUGCAUCCGUGGUGUCCCAGAGCGAGCUUUGCCUCCCCCGACGUCUUUUUUUUUGUCUCAAACCGAACAUCCCAGCCGGGCCUCCAACGUGGCUGUGUAACCCCAGGGUGGCCAUCUUGUGGAUGGACUCCAGGCCCUCAACUGACACUGAGCUCGAUAUUUCUUGGUUUUUCUUUUAGUUGUUGUUGUUUUUAUUGUGUUCUCUCUGCCUUAAGCAGCUGUAGGUCACUGUUCUGAGAGGAGGAUUGGGGCGGCGGAGGCUAGGGAGGGCUUAGUCAGUCUGCGACGAUUCGACUUUAAAACUGCCCACUGUUUGCCCUCUCCAGUUCUCCUUUCUCAGUACAUUUUCUACUCUAUUUGUUUUAGGGGAUAAUUAUCGGAGUACUAAACUAAGGUGACUUGAAAAAAAAAAGAAGCUAAAUAAUUAACAGAAAAGUGUGUAUUUCAGUGUUUAACAAUGGAAUUGUACCUUACCAAUACACAAUACAAUUUUUAUUUUUUUUUAGAAUUAGAGAUUUUAGUAUCAAAUUUGCCCAACCUAGAUCAAGAGUGUGUAAGGAAAAUUUAAGGUAUCACCAGUAUGUUGAAUUAGAAUUUGCAGCCAAUAAGAACCCUUGCAUUUCCCCCCCACAAUCCCUUGUAACCAUGUGAAACUAAGCAUGUAUGUUAUGGUGUCUACAUUUCUGUCUGUCCUACCAACUCUUUGACAUUGUAGUUAUUUUAAUCUUUGUUUUUGUUUUUUUUCUUAAUCUAUAAUGACUGGCUAACAUGCCCUCGGUAUGACCUAAUCUUCCGUUCUGCAGAGAAAGGGGUCAUGACCCUGGGCUGACGUUGACGUUACUGACGGCCAACUCAAGGCCAGCAAGCUAGCAGAUGUGUCAUUGUGGUCAAGUCAGGUGGUGGGCAAACCGUGGCUCCGUCGCAGGAGAUCUGGAAAACACACACGCGUGCGCAUAUCUACACACACUCCUUGUGUAAAUGUCAGUGUUUGCCAAAUUGAAUCUCCGGCUUCCAUUUUAGGUGCGUGUGAACCGAAUGCGUUUGUACUGUGUCGGGUCCUCAGGCCUUGUAUUCAUGAAGCCUCUUGGAGCGCUGAACUAGGAUGGUGUUUCCCGUGUCCGUACCCUUACCUUAUUGUGCGUCGUGAGCUGAAAGGCAGACCUAACCCCGGAGCGGCACUGCUACACUCGGACACUGCAUGAAUACGGACGCUGCUCCGUGUUUACUAAGUGUCAGGUGUGCGCUGAGGGGGUUUAACCCUUGUGUUGUCUUCGUUAUGUAUGUAUCCUGUGUCCACAGGGUCAGAUAGGACACCCUCGCCUGGUGAGAAAGAUUCUUUGUUGAAUUUAAAACCCUAAAAUCUUUUCCUGUAGAAAGAACUUUCUACUCGUCAAUAAAUAUGCGGAUAACUGUUUUCUUACUUUACAGUCCAAAGAGACUGUAUUUUUUCAGUCUAAACCUCUCGUUUUUACAAAAUGCACAUCAUAAUUCUUGCUGUUAUAGAUGUGCGGUGCUUAACUUUGAUUCUUCUGAUUAAAGAACUACAGGGUUAAAAACCAUAAGAAAUCAUAAGAUGAUCUUUGUACCCUGACGGUGUACCACUUUUAUAAAAAUAUAAACAGGGGCAACUUUUUCUAAUGGUAAGGGUCACGUCAGGAAAAGCCAGGAAACUUCAUGCUGAAAAUCUUUAAUUUGCCGGAUUUUCACUGCUGUUAACCUCAGAAAAAGGUAUUUUUUGACCCGAGGACAACACUUUGGUUAAAGCUCAUUAGCGGAGAUGCCGAGGGCUAGCUCACCCUGUGGGUGCAGGUGUGCGUGGGUACCAGCCCAUCGCCCCGUACCUUUUCUUACUCUUUCCAGCGCGUUUCUAAAGAAGCAGGCGUCUUGUGGGAGCUGCAACAUGUGCCUGUAUUGCCGAAGAGCGGGUGAUUGAUCUCAUCUGUACCGUUUCUGCUGUCUGGUGACUUGUGACCUGUAACCGUGUUGCACAGCUCUUACUGUAUCGCUGUAAAGUGCCUGCAUCCUUUCUAUACAAAACAAGCUAUUUUGAUCCUGUUUUUUUAUUUUUAUUAUUAAUAAUAUUAUUAUUCUGUACCUGAUGUUCUUAAAUCAUGUAUUAUUUAUUACUUGGAGUUUGAAAAUAAAUCAACCAGUUUAAAAUGUC